AUUUAAUCCAGAUACAACAUCCCAUCGAAUAAAUACAAACACUUACCUUGUCGCUGUUAUCCAAGUCAAAAUGUCCACACCAUCCACAAAAGACCGCAUCCUAUCCCUCGUCGAACCAGCCGUGAUCCUCAGCAUGGCUGUAAAGGCAUACAUCCGCAUCCUCCUCGAAUCCAUUACCAACGGCCAAAUAUCAACACUCCUAACCCACCCCCAAACCCUCCGCGACGAAGGAUUCAGUCGCUUCUGGUUGGGAUUUAGCUCAUCCCCAACACGAUCAAACCCAGCCCAACUAGAAGGUUCCGCAGCGCUAAUCCCACCACUCCUCGCCCGGGUCUCCGGGACGGUAUUAGAUGUUGGUCCCGGGACAGGAACGCAGAUGCCGUAUCUGUCUGCACGACGGGAGUAUGUUAAGGGCAUUUAUGGCGCGGAGCCGUGUAAGGGACUUCAUGGGGAGUUGAGAGCGAAUGCGUCGAAGGAGGGGUUAGAUGGGAAGUAUCAUGUUCUGGGGUGUGGGGUUUCGGCGGGGGAACUUGUUCCAGAAUUGCGGAGGGAGGGGUUACUGCGUGAUAUGGAUGGGGAUGUUGGUGCUGAGCAAUCAAUGCAACUGGUUAAAGAAAAGGGUGGUAUAUUCGAUACGAUAAUCUGUGUCCGCGUCCUCUGCUCAGUCCCCGACCUAGAGCAGCGCGCGAGGGAGCUUUAUACUCUCCUCAAACCCGGUGGCCAAUUACUCGUCGCGGAGCACGUGGUUAAUCCCUGGCAGACGCCGAAGGGUUCGCUCGCUGCGAGGAUGGCGCAGGGUGUGUAUGAGUUGCUGGGAUGGCAGUGGUUUAUGGGGGAUUGUUGUAUGGUGAGGGAUACGGAGGGGGCGUUGAGGAGGGCUGCGGAGGGGGAUGGGGGGUGGGAGGUUGUGGAUGUGGAGAGGUCGUUUGGGUGGUCGGCUUUGCCGUAUGUUUCAGGGGUUUGGGUUAAGAAAUAG